AAUGUUAUAAAUUCACUAGUGCGAGACUCACUGUUGGAGGAGAACGUUCGCUGAUAAGUCAUUCCGCAGCCACAUAUAUAACAUACAUAGAUGGUUUAAAAAGUUGAAUUUCCUUUUUCGCAGACGUACUACACUUGUAUAAGAUUUUUAUAAAAUAUUUCGAUCAUGUGCGGAAUUUGGGCACUUUUCGGUAUAAACGUGCAGUCGUUAUCCAAGUAUGACAAGACGUUUGCAAAAAUCUCACACCGUGGACCCGACGCCUGGCGGUUGGAAUAUGAUUUAAAAAUCAAAAACAUCUGCCUCGGAUUCCAUCGGUUAGCCAUCAUCGACAGCCUCUACGGUAUGCAACCCAUGAAGCUCCACCAACACCCGUACGUGUCUUUGAUAUGCAACGGCGAGAUUUUCAAUUGGAGACAGCUCGGUGAACAACACGGUUUCCAAUACGAGACAAAGUGCGACGUAGAAAGCGUUUUGCAACUUUACGGCGCUUUUGGAAUCGAUGAAACGCUUAGGCAGUUAGAUGCCGAGUACGCGUUCUGUUUGGUCGACUCGCAAAAGAGAAAAAUUUUUGUGGCCAGAGACCCUUACGGUGUGCGACCGUUGUUUUACCUCAUGUCUGACAGCGGUGUGAUGGGAAUAUCUUCGGAGGCCAAAGGUCUGACCACUUUGGUCAGAGAGCUUCAUCUCACCAAUUGGUCAAUAAAACCUUUUCCACCGGGCCAUUUGGCUGAAUUCGAUAUCUUGCCCGACGGUAAAACACAUUUGGUCUCCUUGAACAGGUUUUUUAAGAUUGAAGAACCGAUACUACCUCCAAUUCCACUCGAAGACGGGUUAAGCGAAGAAGCAGUGCACGCCAACAUCCGAAACCUGUUAACGGAGUCGGUCAGAAAGAGGAUGAUGGCCAACCGCCGGAUUGGUUGUUUGCUGUCCGGAGGAUUAGAUUCUAGUUUAAUCGCCGCCAUUCUGGUGAAUUUAUCCAAAGAACUAUGUCUUCCAUAUCCCAUCCAGACAUUUUCAAUUGGCAUGGAAGACAGUCCGGACAUAUUAGCGGCUAGACAAGUGGCCAAGUAUAUUGGGUCCGAACAUCACGAAGUGAUUUUCACCGCCGAAGAUGUGUUGAAGGUACUGAACGAAGUUAUUCACACACUGGAAACCGCGGACAUAACGACCAUCAGGGCCUCGUGUGGCAUGUAUUUGGUUUCACAAUACAUCAGAGAGCACACUGACACAACGGUAUUGUGCAGCGGAGAAGGAGCCGACGAGGUGGCCCAGGGAUACAUUUACUUCAGAGACGCUCCGAGUCCAGAUCACGCCCACAACGAAAGUCUCAGGCUAUUGAACGACAUCUACAUGUACGAUGGUCUUCGAGCCGACAGGACAACCGCUGCCCAUGGGCUCGAACUAAGGGUGCCGUUCUUGGACUUGCGCUUCACACAAUAUUAUCUCAGUCUGCCCAAAGGAAUGCGUCAGCCAUACAACCAAAUCGAAAAGUAUUUGCUACGUUCGGCUUUUGACGGCACAGGACUUUUGCCAAAUGAAGUUCUGUGGCGACACAAAGAAGCAUUUAGUGACGGUGUGACGACGGUGAAAAAAUCGCUUUUCAACAUCAUUCAAGAGUGGAUAGAUCCAAAAUACACGGAAGAAGAUUUGCAAAAAGCCUCUGAAAAGUAUCCACAUUGCCCGCCAAAUUCUAAAGAAUCUCUGUACUACCGCGAUAUGUUUGAAAACGACUACACUGGACUGGCCUCCAACUUUAUGCCUUACUAUUGGAUGCCAAAGUGGACUACAGUAAAAGAUCCAUCGGCGAGAUUCAUCAACCAUUACGCAGCCAAGUAACCUUCAAAUACAGCUCGAAAUGUGCAUAUUUUAAUCAUGUUAGUCAUGUGUUCAAUUAUACAAAUUCACGUGAAAAUGUUUAAUUAGUUUUAAAAGUGCUUUAUAAUAUAUGUAAUUGUUAUGUAUAACACGAUAGUGAUAAUUUAUAUAACAAUAAUUUCUUAUGCAAUUAAGAAUAUUUAUAAUGUAUGUAAAUACAUUAUUAAUAUAUGUCCAAGGUAUUUAAAAGUUGAUCCUUUUAAAUACUAUACAAACCACAGUUACCAAAUUAUUUGAGUACCCCACAUAGAGAUUAUAAUUUAUAUCACUAAAU